AGUUUAUGACCUGACGUUUCAACUUCUACCCACGAUCCAGUGCUAUACAACGAGGUACACAAGACGUGUGUUUAUUUUGUUGAUGAUGUUGUAAGGUACCUUGGUUAGUCUGGCUAUACUGCAGCAUGUCCGAAGCAAAAGCUGGGGAUGCGUGCGGCUUCAAAAUAUAGUUGCAGCGGACUCCCGAAUGCGCGGCAACAGCUCAUGUCCUCGACCACACCCAAACUCAUCGCCGACGGGCUCUGGCGCUGUCUCUGUCCCUCAUAUAACUCACUACCACUCUCGACGUCACGAAAUGCCCUGACCCGCCGCCGUGGCCCAGCGCUGCAAUGCGCCGCUACUCGAACACCAUCUGCAGCGACAGUCCGCCAUAACUCGACCCGCCCUGUAACCCUCUUCGAUAGCACUGUCGAUGUCGCGCCCGAACUCUUGAAAAGCGACCUUCCUGUCAUGAAAGCAUGGGCACCGCUGAACGACGUUUCACAAUCACGAGACCGCACAGCUACCAUAAGGACGACUAUUCGGGAGCAGCCAACAAAGAGGGCCGACUAUCCCAAUUUUAGCACUCCGGAGCUGUAUGACUUGGCUCAUGCUGCAGCUGCUAGGGGCAAAGCCGAGGAGGCCCGGUGGAUGGUCGAAUACCUGUUGCGCGACCGCCGUGAAGCACCAAACCUACGCCUAUACUCGAUAUCCAUCCUCGCCAAUGUCCACCCUAAGCACGGAUCUGCAAGGAAGGUGGCCCGCUUGUUGGCUGAGAUGGAGCAAGAGGGACUACAAAUAAAUGUUCAGAUCUGCCAUGAUGUACUGCGCGUGCUGAGUGUGCAUAUGGACUAUCUGCUGCGCAUAGACAUUCUACACUACAUGCGCCGUCAAUGGCUGCAGUUGAACACAGAGGGCUAUCACUGGGUCGGCGCUGCCUUGUUCCGCGAAGGUCAGCUCGAGCAAGGGCUCAAUCACCUUGAAGACAUGCGCAACGAUAGUGUGCCCAUUCAAUCUUGGCUCUACGAUCUCGCUCUCUACACAAUGCUCGAGACCAACGAAUUUGACGAAGCCCUGAUCAUUGUAAAAGAUCGCAUCGCCGCCAAUGACUGGACUAUCAGUCGCAACAUCUGGGCACACAUGCUAGACCGCUCAGCAGCAGCCUUCCACUACCCCAGCGCUGUCUACGUCUGGAACAGCCAAGUCAUCCCAGGCUACUUGAUUCCUUCAUCGGGAACAUGUCUCAAUGUCCUCACCACUGCAGCACGUAAAGGCGACGUCGCCCUCGCUACCUCGGUCUUCCACAUACUGGGCAAACGCAGCACGCACUUUAAACAAAUCCACUACGAUCAGCUCCUUAUGACUUACAUGUCUGCCUCGCCACCCGAUCUCCGCGCCGCCUUUACACUGCUCACCAUUAUGGCGAGUGUGAAGAUCCCACCUACCGCUGCAUCUACACGCCCUAUCCUCGCACACCUCCGUCGUCACCCAGCCGACUGCACACCAGCCUUUGACAUCCUCACCUCCCUCCACGAAGCCGGCAGAGAAAUCCCCGUCGCAGCACUCAACGUGCUAAUCGAAGGCUACGUGGAAACCGAUCAACUAGACCAAGCCCUCGUAACCUACAAACACAUGCACCUCUUCGAAACCUCCCCCACCACCACCACCGAAAAAGACACCAAACCCAUCCGUCGCCGCUCCCGCCCCUUUUCCACCCUCGAAACCUUCAACAUCCUCUUACGAGGGGCCGCAAAACCAGUAUCCCAAAACGCAUACGCUCUCGCCAUGUUUUUAGUUUCUGAAAUGCUGGCCUUGGGUAUCCGUCCUGAUUACUUGGUUUACGAUCGUUUGAUUGUUGUUUCUGUGCAAGAUCGGAAAAUGGAUGUUGCGUAUAGGUAUUUUGACGAGAUGGAGGAGUUGGGGCUUUUGCCGAGGAUGAGGACGGUGGAUGGUUGGUUUCGGCUGCUGAGAGGAGGGAGGAGAAGGUAGUUGCUGAGACGAAAGAGAAGGAGGUGGAAGAGUAGAGGUGUAC